GAUUGCCAUUCAGCGCAGGCGCGAGGUAUCCAUAGUUCCAUAGCAACCACUGAGGAAAACAUGAUAAAAGCAACAACGAUAAAAGAGGCAUUAGCAAAAUGGGAAGAGAAAUCGGGAGAGAAAGUCGGGGAGGCCAAAGCGGUCAAGCUGUAUGGACAGAUCCCACCCAUUGAAAAGAUGGAUGCCUCCCUCUCCUCCCUCGUUAUCUGCGAGAGGUUAUCAUUGUCCACAAACUGCAUUGAAAAAAUCGCCAAUCUGAAUGGCCUCAAAAACCUUAAAAUAUUAUCCUUGGGACGGAACAAUAUUAAGAAUUUGAACGGAUUGGAAGCUGUGGGAGACACACUCGAGGAGCUCUGGAUAUCCUACAACCUCAUAGAGAAGCUGAAGGGAAUCCAUGUGAUGAAAAAGCUGAAAGUCUUGUACAUGUCCAACAAUCUAGUGAAAGAGUGGGGAGAGUUCGUCAAACUGGCAGACCUUCCAGAGCUGGACCUGGUGUUUGUGGGGAAUCCCCUGGAGGAGAAGCACUCGGUGGAGGGGAACUGGAUGGACGAGGCCACCAAGAGGCUUCCCAAGCUCAAGAAGCUGGACGGGAAUCCAGUAAUCAAGCAGGUGGAUGACGAUGAAGAGGGCUAAUGCAGUUCCUCAGAUUUUUCAGUUCCUGUUUACAUUACUUGUUUAUUUAAAUGGGUCCAGCACCAGCACAUUUUUGAUUAAAACAUGCAAUACUGACAAUACAAUCAUUUUUAUACCGUGGAUGUUAGUUACUUGAAGUGCAUAGGCAUUAUUCUAUGUUAUGUCCGGACUCAUUGUCCUUUUUAAUACUGUCUUAAAAAUGUCACUGUAUUUGUACGGUACUUCCUUGGACAACCUGGUACCCUUUUUAAUCGGCAACAGAAAACAGAACCAUUCCAGAACAGAACCAUUCCCAUGUUUUAGUACACGUGAUGAAGUGAGAUUCUGGGAUUUAAAAAAAUAGGGGGUGCACUAGCUGUCGGUGUCGAGUUUGUAGAAUGCAUGACAAUUACCAGGAGAGGCAAGUGCUCUGUCACCCUUUGGUCCUGUCAGAGCAGCCGAUCCAAAUGCUAAGCCCAUCCAUUCCAGGCUGCAGCAGCUCAUUAUUUACACUGUGACACAAUGGUGCCUCAGGCUUACGCACCAUUUGUAGAAACAUGAGCUAUGUAAGCACAUACCCAGGGUGAGAAAUGUUCUCACAGAUGCACAUAAACGGCAUUACAGAAUUUGUUACUCCCCCCCCGUGAUACUGGUAUAGACAAUGGCACAUACUGACUGUUGGACGGGGAAUGCUGAGAGGCAUGACUGCAAAGGGCAACAUGUAUGCUUACGAAUACUAAUUGUUGGUCUGCAUGUGUGCACUACAAUGAUUCGAUUAAUAUCGUAGUUACAGCACAAAACGUAUGAUUACACGUUCUGAAGUACUUUUUCCUAGCAUGAUUAGGAACUGCAGCACACUAAAGGGAAAUUAAAAUACAUUAAGUUUUUGUGUAUUUUGUAUGUUGAAAUACAUGAAUGUUUUGUAAGAUUUUUUUUUUUUUACUUCUGUUUUAAAUUAUUAGGCAUGUUUAUAUAAAUUAAUAUACUGAGAUGUUUUAUAAUACUACUGAAAUUAUAACUUUGUGUUCACUUCAUUAAAGAACACUGAAAUUG